AUGGAAAGGUUUGCCAGCAAAAAUGACGUCGAUAUCGAGUCAAUGCUGGCAGACAAGGACUCAAAGUCAACAAAAAAGGCAACUAAACAAGCUGUGAAAAUACUAAGAGAAUAUUGUGCCGAAAAAGAACUUCCUACGGAGUUUGAAAAUAUAAACAAAGUAGAACUUGACAACCUACUCAGACAUUUUUAUGCUAAUGCCAGAAAAAAAGAUGGAACACUGUACAGUAAAAGCACUAUGAACUCAAUACGAUAUGGGCUUGCACGAUAUUUAAUGAAUGAAAAGAAAGUAAACAUCGUGGAGGACGUAUCCUUCGGUUCGUCAAACAAAGUAUUUUCUGCAUUACUCGUUGAACUGAAAUGA